GGGAGGGGGAGGGAGAGGAUCGCCCACCCGAGCGGAGCGGACAGACAGAAGGACAGACUGAGCGCUCUGUCUGCGAACGACGUCACUUUUCUCCAAGAGCGCGCGCGUUUCCCCGCGCGGCGCAGACAGACAGCAACAGUUGUCACGAUGUCUGGGAUGAGAUGAGGCGCGAGCGGAGGGACCGCUGCGGUGCUGCUGAGCUCCGGACCGGGCGGGAUCGGCGCGUGCUGCCAUGAUCCAGCCGUGUUAAAGCCCACCUGGGACGGACAGCGCGGGGAGCGGCGCGCGCAUCUGUUUACCCCGCGCGCUGGGAUUUCGUUCAGCGCCCCCCCCCCCUCCUGUGUUUAGGUUUGAUUUGUCUGUGAGGUGAGUCCAGACGUGGGGGCUGGCUCGGGUUCCGGCUCAUGUUCGGCUCAGCGGGGGGACGGACUGUUGCGUCUGCGGAGAGUCAGAGCUGACGAGCCUGCUGCUGCGGAGACACCGACAGACAGGCCCGAGGGGAGGGGGGGCGACAGCCUGUUCAGGGCUCUCUCGACCCUUUGCGGAUCGAGCCGAGCCCCCUCCCGUUUCCACCCAGAACCACCCCCCACCUGUCCCCUCUCCUGCCUUGGAUGGGGGGAAAGCAGAGCACGGCGGGGCGGCCCCGCGGCGCGUUCCCCGGCGUCUCCUCGGAUGACAGCGCGGUGCCACCCUCGGCCCACUUCGGCCACUACCGGCCGAGCGGCACCACCAUGGGCCUGCGGAGCCGCUCGGUGAGCUCCGUGGCCGGGAUGGGCAUCGACCACAGUCCCGCCGUGCCCUUCGGCUUCUACACCCCCAGAGGAACGGACUCGGAUCGAACCGGAGGGGGGUCCGGGAGCAACACCGCGGCCCCCCACGGCACCGGCUACCAGGACGGUGGGGGCGGAGGGCACCACACGGACGGGGUGCUGUAUCUGGGGUCCCGGGGGUCGCUGGCUGACACCUUGCCCCUGCACAUCGCGCCCCGCUGGUUCAGCGCGCACAGCGGAUUCAAGUGUCCUGUCUGCUCCAAAUCUGUGGCGUCCAAUGAGAUGGAGGUUCACUUCAUCAUGUGUUUAAGCAGGCCACGCCUCUCCUACAAUGAUGAUGUGUUGGCGAGGGAUGCCGGUGAGUGUGUCAUCUGUCUAGAGGAGCUGCAGCAGGGGGACACCAUAGCCAGACUGCCGUGCCUCUGCAUCUACCACAAAAGCUGUAUAGACUCCUGGUUUGAGAUCAAUCGGUCCUGCCCUGAACACCCCUCCGACUGAUGGCCCACCUGACCUGCUCUGAGUACUGUUCAAGGACACGCUGUGGUCCUGCUCUGGACAUUUGAACACAGACGCAACCAAAUCCAAUGAAACAAUCAAAGCGAUCAUCACGUUCUCACUCCGACAGAAUCCAUCGUCCUUACAAGAUAACUGUUCUUUGUGAACUGAACCAAAACAGAAACAUUUAACUGUGGAACCUCCACGCAUUAAAGGGCCUCAGUCAAACCCUCCAUGUUACAUCAGCUGAUGAUCCAGCAUCCAACCCUCUUCAGUCCCUUAAAGGGCUUCAUCUGCCGCCCCCACUCCUCCACCUCAGCCGUUGGUCGGUUGAGCCCCAGACAUGCUCAGGUCUUAGCAGGCCGCCCGUCUCGUCUCUGGAUCCAGGCCUGUCUGUAUAGCCCUCCGAUGGCCUUAACCGAGGAGAGAGGAAGCAGCGCAGAGAACGAGAAACACAAAAGGCAGAUGGAAGAAGAGGAAUGGAUGGAAACAGUGCAGAAGCUUGAUAGGACGGUCCGACUUCUGCAUUUUUCAGCUGUGCUCAUCUCUCACAGCAGAACUCCAACUUGGUGAUGAAGAGACGCCUCUCAGCGUGCUCCUCUUUCAUAGCUCCUGCCAGUUUUGCAUCCUUCCACACCAGUUUGACUCAGAUGAAUACAUUAAAAAAAAAAAAAAGCGCCUAAAAGGCUUUUACGAUCUGGUUUGUGCACACCUGAGCAGGAAACAGAGGGGCGGUUGAAAUGAAUGAGAUGUGAGGAUGUUUGUCACGUGCGGUUUGGUUGCGAGGAGCGUUCUGAGCAUGCUCAGUCCUGAACGGGAGGGAGGAAGGAACAGGAACCAAUGUAGUUUACGCUCUUAAUGUGUAAUGUGUGUGUCUGGGAUGCUCCAGCGUCGGGCUUCACUUGGAAUGUGUGUACACAAUGUGUGUCUGUGUGUGCGCUUGGAUUUGUGACAGGAUAGAUUUUGCUGAAGCCUUUUGAGUGUGUGUGUUUCUGUGAAAGGUCAUUGUAGAGGACUGACUGGGACAGUGCUGUGUGUGUGUCUGUGUAUUGAAAUGUUUACAGUUUAGAUAUCCAUGUUCCCUGUGUGUGCGACUGGCAGUCCUCCCUUUACUUUGCUGAUGUUUACAGCUACAGAAAAGCAACAUGACAUAUUGUAAAAUCAAAUGUAACCUCUCCUUGUUUGCUCUAGCAGACCUGCCAGAUUUUUCAUGCCAGCGUGGUUAGUCAUUUCUUCGAGGAAGACUCGAGUGUGAGGGCGAGUGCGCGUUUCCGUUCGUGCGGCUGUUUGCGUGGAAAGAUUACCGAGCGAGCUGACCCAGAACAGGCCUGAGGACCCAAAGAGUCAGAUGCAACUGAACCACAGUUACAUUCAGAUUUACUUAAAGCACACAGAAAACAUAUGAAGUGAAGUUUUAGGAACAAAACUGCAAACUAACCUACAAGAAUGGGUCAAAACAGCAAAAGGUUAACCUUGAAAUUACUGAGAACACAUACACAAGCAAUUUCAUGUCCGCCUGCUUUUUAAUUAAAUUCUGAUGGCCUCAAAAUGAAUUAGACUCUUUUGGCCCUUGUGUCUUGCUUGGUUGUGCACCCUGAGGCCUGCUGGCUCAUAAUCUGUCUACUACUGUCUGUUUGUACCUCUAAAGGCGACUGUUGGUCUCUGCUUUAGUUCCCCUGAAACAGGUCUGGCUGUCUGCGACACGCGAGGCAUUCGGACCCUCGAAAGGACUGUUGUUCCACUGUGGAGUCGCUGAAUGGGGCUUAUUUAUUCAUUUGUUCAUAUUUAAAAAUGUUUGGUUAUUAUUUAAAUCCUGUGAGAAGGCCAAGAGCUGACAUGUGAAGACUACUACAAAUCAUACAAACAAACUGCAUUUACAAAGCUACUGUAAACAAAUGGUGGAAUAAAUUGUGCUAGAUGACAAA